AUGCGUAUUAGGUACACGUACACUUUCUAUGGUCUGGUUGCUGCGUUUGCAACUCUUUUCAUUCCGUUAGCAGUUGAACUUGGUCACUUCUUUGUUGUAGUUGCCAGAGUGCUACAGGGUUUCGCUAUGGGCGUUGUUUUCGUCACUGUAGGAGCUGUGACGUCCCAUUGGUCUGUUCUUCGCGAGUCUGGGACAUAUAUCGCCAUAUUGUCAUGCAGUUCACAGCUUUCUUCCGUCAUAUCCUUGCCACUUGGAAGCGUAUUCUGCGAAUCUUCAUUUGGUUGGAGAUACCUUUAUUAUACUUUUGGUGCAGCUGGAUUUGUCUUUUCGGCAUCAUUCUUCCUGUUCUACGAAGAUGACCCAAAAAAGCACAGAAUGGUAAGCCCAAGGGAGCUGACUGCAAUUACUCUCGGUAAAGAACAACAAUCCGUAAGCGAAAAAGUUCCUUACAAGAAGAUAUGCACAGAUCAAUGCAUGCAAUCUGUUCUUCUCACCACAUUCAGUGGGAACAUCGCUUUCUUCACGUUCCUGCAUUUUGGUCCUACCUUUAUGAACAUGACGCUUGGCUUUGACAUCACUGAGACUGGUUACGCCACUGCGUUGCCAUACGCCAUAGCAAUGGUGCUAAAGUUUAUAGCAGGGCCAUUGUUUGACUUUUCAACAUAUAUACCAGAGAAAUAUCGAAUGAUUAUGUUUGCAUCAAUCUCGCAAGGUGUUAUGGCAAUCUGCUUCUGUGUUCUGUCCCAGACACAUAAUAAGUCGAUUGCUCAAGUUGCCUACAGCGGAGCUAUUGUCUUCAACGGAUUAAACAUAGUUGGAUCUAUCAAAUGUGCUCAAGUGGUCGCCAGACAACAUGUGCACUUUAUUAUGGUCUGCAUCACAAUCACAGGAUGUAUUAUUUCCUUUAUAUUACCAGGAAUUGUUGCAGUUUUAUGCCCUCAUAACACUGUUGAUGAGUGGUCACGUCUAUUCCUUGGCAUCAGCGUCUUUGUCGUCGUCUCCAACAUUCCAUUUCUGUUCCUCGCUAGAAGUGAACCAGCACCAUGGACAACGUCGACUCCAAAUUGCAAAGUCAAUGUAGAACAAAGUUUCAAAUCAAUAAGUGAAGAAGAGAGAUCAUUAGCCGUGCCAGCCUUGUCCGAUAAGGAAGGCAAAUCAAAGGAUGCAAUGCAAGAAGUCUUAUGUACAUGA